AUGUUCCCAACCAAUCAAGAGAUCCUGUCUUUCCUCUUGAUGAACAUGGAGGACUCCACUGGGGCCUGGGCCCAUCCCCACCUCAACCAGCUUGGGUCACACCAGGCCAUAAUCCAAACGGUCAAAGGAUUCAAACUGGAGUUCUUGGCAGCAUUUGGCAACCCUGAUGCUACAAGGGCUGCCAAGCAGAAGAUUACCACCCUCACCCAGUCCAGCACAUGCGCAGACUACAUUACAAAGUUCAGAACCCUAGCUAUGGAACUGGACUGGAACAAUGCGGCCCUUAGAGGCCAGUUUGCCCAUGGCCUCCAUUGGGAGGUCAGCCGCCGGAUUGCCAUGCGCAAACACUGUCCCUGGACACUCCUUGAGCUGCAAAAUGCAGCACUUGUCAUCAACAAUGCUCUCUGUGAAGAGCAUGCUAGCCAUCUGCCAAAGGAUAAUAAGCCUAGCAAGCAAUCCAACCCUGCAAGGGGGACAAGUACCAGCCAACAGGCCACUUCUUCCAAGAAAUUAUCCAACAACCCCAAUAAUGUCUUGGAAGAAGAAAGGAACCGCUGCUGCACUGCUGGCACUUGUAUCAAGUGCAGAAAGAUGGGCCACAAGUUUGCAGAAUGCCGCACUGGGUGGAAGGGUGUUAAGAGUUGUGUAAAUACAGGAUAUUAA